GAGAGAGGGGACAUUGUCGGCCGGGGAGGGAGAGUGUGUGGCGGACAGAAUGGGAGGCUGAGGUUUCCAACGGCGGGGAGCUGCUGGCUUGCUGCGCUUUAUGGGGCUUUGCUGGUGAUUUUCUGGCCGGUUUGCGGGCGUGAAGGCAUGUUGAUAAUCGGCUCAGUAAUGAGGAGAGGUACUGAGCGGCACCAAAUAUCUGACCCCGAUUCCUGGGAGUAAAAAGACAGAGAGAAAGUGUGCAUUAGAGAGAGAGAGAGGUUGAGUGAAAGAGAGAAAGAGAGAGAGAGGAAAGAGGGCAUGCAAAAAAAAAAGGGGUGGAGGGGGUUUGAGAUUUAGUGCGCUGGUGGAUGAAACAACCCCCCACUAACGAAGAGGGAAAGUAACAGGAAGAAAAGAGGGGGUGCUGUCCUGUUCAUUAAACAGUCAGACGAGCAGGGACCUGUGUGAAUGUUUCCAGCCAUGAGAUCAGAAAAGGGGACUGCUGCCUGUUGUAAAGCCUAGGAACCCGACCUACAGGACGAAAGGACAAUUCACACAUAGAAAGUGACAAUACGUAAAGAGGAACCAUGUCUCGCACUGAAGAGGUCAACAAGAUGACAGAAAAUGUCUACAAGGGGAUUCUGGACCAGUUCAACCCCAGUCUGAAGAACUUUGUCACCAUGGGGAAAAACUAUGAGAAAGCCCUGACUGGCGUGACAGUGGCUGCCAAGGGCUACUUCGAUGCUUUGGUGAAACUAGGCGAGUUGGCCAGUGACAGCCAGGGCUCCAAAGAACUUGGAGACACGCUGUUUCAGAUGGCCGAGGUUCACAGACAGAUUCAGGUGCAGCUGGAAGACGUGUUGAAGCAGUUCCAUUCGGAGCUGCUGGCCCAGCUGGAGCAGAAGCUGGAGUUGGACAUCAAAUACCUCACAGCCACCUUGAAAAAGUACCAGAGUGAGCGGAGAUCGAAGUCUGAGUCUAUCGAGCGCUGCCAGUCCCAGCUGAAGAAACUCCGCAGGAAAAGCCAAGGCAGUCGUCACCCAAACAAGUAUGGAGACAGGGAGAUGCAGUUUGUCGAGUUGAUGAGUCGUCGCCAAGGUGAGCUGGACACGCUCGUCGCCGUGGGUUACAGGUCCGCGCUAACUGAGGAGAGAAGACGAUACUGCUUCCUGGUGGACCGACAGUGCUCUGUUACCAAGCUGCUGAUCAACUACCACUGCAAGGUGAGAGAGCUCCUGUCCCAGAAACUGUCGUCUUGGCAGCAGUCGUGCUCCCAGCCCACCAAGCUGCCGGAGCGGGCUCUGAACCUCCUGCGUCACACGGCGCCCCAGAGCUCUGCGGCAGCCGGGAUAGCCGAGGUCCUCCGCCACACCAAGCUGGGCUCCUCUCAGUCUGAGCAGCGGCUCUCUGUUCAAGAAGUGCCUCCUCUGUUGAACGGAGACUCCAGCCGCUCCCAACAGCAGCGCUUGCCCCCCUCCUCUUCCCAGAGUGACACCUCUGUGCCCCAGGGCUCCCCGCAGACUUUCCGCUCCUCCGCCGCUGCUGGAGGGGCCACUGGUGGCACAUCACGAGGAGCGUCCCCCCAACACAGCAGCACUCCUCUCAGUGCGUCGGCCAGCCCGCUUGGCGAAAGCAGCGCCAGCGGGAGCGCCAGCCCGAGCACGUCCACCGCCUCCACCUCCAGCAUGCCCACCCAGCAGAGUGCUCUCCUCCUGGCCACCAGCACCUCCAACCUGUCCCCCUGCCUCAUCCCCUCCACGGUGCUGUCGCUCAGCCAGCUGUCCCCGCCCAGCAGCUCUCUGCAGGGCAUGACCCUCCCCAUCGCCCACAGUGCUCCUCACAGCCCCCCGCUGCCCCACAGUGCUCCUCUCUCCAGGGCCAUGACGCCGGUGCAGCUACUGCACCAACAAGUCGGGCCCGGAGGAAGCACCACUUCAUCGCUGUUACAUAAUCCCUUGCUGAUGAAAGCUGCUGAGAUGUAUGCAACGGCCACGCUGCCGCUGCCAAGGCGACCUGUCAGCGAAAUGAAAAUGAGCGGCUUUCAGGGCUCCAGUCUCCCCAGGAUGUUGCCCCUGUCUGGACCUGUCCGUGUGGAAGCCAUGUUUGCACACACACCCUCGAGCUCAGAGGCCGGCGGCGGGGGAGGUGCCUGCUUACUUCACUUCCUGCCUGGUGACGGCAUCACGCUGCUCAUCUCUGAGGCUAGAGACGGGUGGCACUAUGGUCAGAAUGAACGGACCGGACGGAAAGGCUGGUUCCCUUUCUCCUACACUCAGCCGCACCACAGAUACCUAGAAAACAUCGACAGCAGCUCUCUCUUCUUAUCUAAGGCCAGCAGCACCAGUACCGGCCAGCUCGACAAGUUGGGGUCUCCAGGUCCGGCAGCCCUGACCCCGGAGUCGGAGGAGGAGCGCUCCCUUCCUCCCCAGAGGGUCAGCACCUUCCGCCCCCGCCCCUACAGCAUGGCCGACAGCAACCAGGUCAGCCUGAGGGCUUUUGGAAAAGGUCAAGGGUUAGAGUGGAUGGGCCGUCCUAACCGACCCACUCUGUCAAUGCUAAUGCAAGAGCUCUCCACAGAUUUGGCCUCUUCACCACCCUCCCCAACCAGGAACAAUCCAUUUGCCCACAUCCGACUCAGAAAAACUGUCACCAAUGAUCGCUCGGCUCCCAUCAUCGAGUAAGUCAUGGAUUCCCACAGCAGGGAUCUCGCUCUCCAUGGUCUGCCGCUGUGUUGAGCCUCAGGUUGAAUCCUGGAAUUAGCACACAGCACCGCCUGAUUUUGAUGAUUUGGAUUAGUAUCAUAAAUCAGAUCUUUUAAUUUCUGCAAUUUAAAUCAAAUACAGAUGAAUGAUGUCUGUGUUUCAGAAAUAUGUGGCUCGCAUAUGUCUGCAUAAAACGUUCUCAGAUGAAAACAGCAUCAAAGAUCGAUGUGAACGGGCUGAUCUAUUAUUGAUCUGAUUACAGCCACAUUUGCCUUUUAAGGUAUUUUUUUCUGUUAUCUUAAUUUCAAGGCCUUUGUGUAGUAGUGUAAACAUUUAAUAUGACAAAAAAAAUGAAAUAAACCCACUUUAAUGGAUGAAAAUUCAGUUUAAAAGAAAUGUGGGGAUGAAAAUGGAGACACCUAUAGGGAGCAGGUAUUGUUGUAAUCAGGGGAGUUUGCUAAUCCAGAAUAAUUAACAUUUUUAAGCCCCUGACACUUUGCCCUACCAUCUGAAGGAUGCCUCUUUUAUGUUAUUGUUUUACAUUGCAUUUUUUUUUUCUUGGCAUAACGUCUAUUGUAGUUUUUUUUUUUUUUUUUUUUUUUUUGUUCAUCUUUCUUUUUUUUUGUGCCAAUAUUGAAGAGAGUAGUUUUUUAGUUCAACCCAAUUAGGGACUGGCUCCUAAUAGCAAGUUGUGUAUUUGUUGUGUAAUUUUCACCUUCACUAUAUGAUGAGGUGUCAUGCAAAAGGACAGGCUCCUACUUUAGAGUUGUUAUUAUUUUUUUUAGGAUAGCUGCCAUGUUGUUGUGUUUUCUUGACUGUAAUGAAGGUGAUCCAGGAAGGCAUUUGCUUUUUCAAAAUUAGCAAACCUAUCUUUUGUAUUUUAAAAAGAGAGAGAGAGUACUCUGCACAUUUUAGAUAACCGGGCAUGAUAAGUUAUAUUUUGAGUUGCUUUCACUAGAAGACAGUGUAUGAUUCAUAAAUCCUGCUGCUGUGAAGGCAUAUAUUAGUUCAUGCUUAUGGAGUGUAGAUUACAUCGGAUAAACUUUUUACAGCAUAGAAACCCAUUCUACCCAAAAUCUUAUGAGACUUUUUUCAAGUUUGGGACUAAUCUGCAGAUUAGGGAAAUGAUUGAGACUGGUUUAUUUUUCAGUGGGAUCAAAUAGUGAAAUCCUAAAUUGUGUGUUUCCUCAGUGUGGAGCAACUACUAGAGGUUUCACAGAGGCAGCGUGUCACCCUGCCAGCUCAUAGUUGAGAGUUUGGAUGGCGUUUUAAUUAAUGAAAAGUGUCUUUUAGAAAGUAGCACAUGGUUGAGGGUAAAAAGUGUAAAGAAGGAGGGAUCUCAGUGCUUAGUCUUUGGAUUUGACGUCUUCUUGAUUCAUUUUCAGUCCCAAAUCAAAAGCUAGACAUCAUCUAGUCGAUUGUAGUUGCACGUUUACCAAUCAGACUGUACAGAAUCUUUUUUGGAGAGAUGUGAAAGCCAAGACUGACAAAAAGACUGUGUUUUAAUGGGGAGGCGUACCUUUGAAAGUGAUGAAGAAAGUGCAUGUGAAGGUGAGCAGCGUCUGAGCAAGUGGUAAUGGUAAACUAGACACACCCAAAGUAGUUUUCUGCUCUGUCCAGUAGCUCUGUAGUCUCUAGCAAACUGCAAGUCAAAUGUGAAAAUGUUUUGUUUGUGCAAAGUGAGACGGUGUACGUUCCCGUCCUAAUGGCCAUCACGUCUAACGUACAUUGUUAUCAAAGCUCGAGUCGAGUUGUUUGAUUUCUUAGCUCUGCGUAGUUUCAGGAAAUCCCCCACAAGGCUUCGGGUUAAUUUCUAACAGCACAUUCCCUAAUAUGAGUAGAAAGUCAAUGUUAAUAAAGGUUACAGCAAAAUGAUAUAGCCAAUGCUUACUCAUGCUUGUAAAAAGUGCAUAAAACACAUCUAAUUGUAUGACUUUUGUUUGACUUUUUUUUCUUAAAGUUAUAUUUCACUUUGGUAGAAGAAUUUUCCUUUGCAGCGUGUGUAACAUAACGUAACAUUCCCCCCCACCUCUCAAGAAACAUCACACAUUACUUCAGCAAAAAUUGUACACACAAAAUUAGAUAUUAUUGUUAUGAACUUUGAAUUGUGAUUUAUUGAGAUAUAACUUUGUAAAAUGACCAUAUGUUGGUCCUAAGUGACGCCUCAUCCUCAUUAACUCGCAGGAGAUGAGAGUCAAAUGAUCACUGUGGAGAAACUGAAUCAAACUAAAAUGAUAACAAUAUAGCGAGUUAGGAUUAUUUAUCCAUUAAAUGGCCAUAAACAACCAAUAAUUUUAACAUGUGACAUAAUCAAAAGUAAAUCAAAACAGCAUUACCUACUGUGACAAAGACAUAAAGAAAGCAGAAUAUGUACAACUUUUCAAUACUCUUAAAACACGAAAUGUGCAGUAUAAAAUAAGCAGGAAAAGUUUUAAAAGUAUCAGUAUGCAAUAUAUAAAGUUUAUAGGAAGAUGAAGAAAAACAGCUUUCAUCAUAGCAGAGCAGGUGCAGAGAAAAAAGUACAUGAAAAAAGUGGAUGUGCUUUGUAAAAAAGAGACACCUUGUGGAUGGACUCACAACAUCACACAGAAAGUGCCAGAAAGCCCCUGAUCAAAACUCCACAUGCCGCCGCUGCACGCAUGGAAAACUGCCAGUGUGUAAAACAUCAUGUGCGUUAUUGUGUUUUGUCAGUGUAACUACAGCUGAGGAUUGCUCACAGUCAAGAACUUCUCUACCAUCGUGAAGUAUUGCUUUAAAGUUGCACGCUAAUUUCAACAAAGCUCCUUGAUUUUGUAAAAUAUGUGGCAAAGUAAACUGGCUGUACUCUGAAUGACACCAACAUGAGAUCCUGGUGACUGCAGGACACGUUUUACCACGAGGAAUACCGCAGAGGAGGACAUUCCUUCUCUGAAAUAUUCAUUGUUGACAUGUUUGGAAAUAAAUGAUCUAUGAAGAAAAA